GCGAGUCAUGAACAUAUUUAUAUUGAGAUCUAUAACAAUAUGUUGCAUUUUCGUGAGCAGCUAUUUGCGCUAUGUCUUAUUGGCAGCUCAAGCAGAAAUUUUGAAGGUCUUUGAAGAUUCUGGCAACCCUUGUAUCUUAGAGGGUUUUGAUGGUACUUAUCAAUACGGGGGAGAAUUUAAAGCAUCAGCGCCGUUAUCCGGUUCAAGUAUUGAAGAAUGCAGGAGGGUGACUCUCAAGGUUCUUAAAGUAAAUGAUUCAUGCACGCAUAUGAAGUGCACAUUUGGUGGUUUAUGGAAUGGCGGAGGUGGAGAUGUACAGAAGAAUCUGUUUGUUGCUUCAUUUUUCUGUUAG